AUGUCAUACGGCGGGCCCCCUCAACCCCCAUACGGAGGUGGUUAUCCGCCACAAAAUCCUGGCUACGGCCAGCAGCAGGGCAACUGGGGCCCUCCACCCCCUCAGCAGCAGGGCAACUGGGGUCCUCCACCAGGUGGUCCGCCGCCUCAACAAGGAGGAUGGGGCCCUCCGCCUGGAGGUCCUCCACCACAGCAGGGAGGAUGGGGUCCGCCUCCAGGUCCGCCGCCUCAAUGGCAGCAGGGACCACCUCCGCCGCAGCAAGGUGGAUGGGGUCCUCCGCCUGGAGGUCCUCCGCCACAGCAAGCUGGCUAUCCUCCUCCUCAGGGUGGCUACGCCCCCCCAGCACAACCGUCGCCGGGCUAUGACCCACGCGCCUCGGCGCAGGGUGAUGCUUCAAGAGACGCAGAUGCCCUCCGUGGUGCAAUGAAAGGCUUCGGUACCGACGAGAACACCUUGAUCCGCAUCCUGUCCAAACCCGAUCCGCUACAAAUCGCCCUCCUUCGAAAUACCUACAACACACGCUUGCGCCGGAAUCUGGAAGCAGACAUCAAGUCCGAGACUUCGAAAUAUUUCCGCGACGGCCUUGUCGCAAUUGUUCAGGGGCCCUUGGGGCAUGAUGUCCAUGAAAUCAAUCGGUCAAUCAAAGGCCUGGGGACGAAAGAGUCGGUCCUUAACGAUGUCCUACUUGGCCGCUCCAACGCCGACAUGCGCGCCAUCAAACAGGCAUAUCAAGAGACUUUCCGUAAGUCGCUCGAGUCCGAAGUCAAGGGCGACUUGUCUAUGAAGACUGAGCAACUCUUCGGCCUGGUUAUGGCCGCCACUCGAGCUGAGGAAUCGGCACCAAUUGAUCCGGCUCAAGUCGAUCGUGACGUUACGGAGCUUCAUCGUGCCAUGGACGGCCGGAUCGGCACCGACCAAAUUACCGUCUGCAGCAUCCUGUCCCAGCGCAGUGACGGCCAAAUCCGUGCAAUCAACCACCUGUGGAAGCAGAAAUACCACAGCGAUAUGGAGAAGGUCAUCGAUUCUGAGUUCUCCGGUCAUAUGGAAGAAGCACUCUUGCUGAUGGUUCGUAGAGCCACCGACCGUACCAUGUCGGACGCGGUGCAGCUCGAAGAAGCCAUGGCAGGACUCGGCACCAAGGACAAUCUAUUGGUUGCGAGAAUCGUGAGAUUGCACUGGAACAGGCAGCAUAUGGAGCAGGUCAAGAGAGCAUACCAGCACAGGUACAAGAAAGACCUUAUCCAGAGAGUCAAGGGUGAAAUUUCCGGCGACUAUGAAAAGCUGAUGGUUGCUUGCUUGACUUGA